AUGAGUAAACCAAUUCCACAACCUCAAGAAACAUUUUUAAUCGGCAAUGUCAAAGAUGUUGAUCCAGAUUUCUUUGUAGAAUCAUUGCAAAGACUUCAAGAGCUAUAUGGUGAAAUUUUUCGAUUGACUUUUUUUAAAGAUAACGUUAUAGUUGUAUCCAGCCAUGAGCUUAUCAAUUUCGUAUGUGACGAAUCGAAAUUUGAUAAAAAAGUGGCGGCAGCUAUAUCAGAACUACGAAACGCAGGCGGUGAUGGUCUUUUCACAGCUCAUACAUCGGAACCGAAUUGGAAACUUGCUCAUAAAAUCCUAAUGCCCGCUUUUGGGCCACAAGCAAUUCGAGAUAUGUUUCCUAGUAUGAUGGACAUCGCAUCUCAACUGAUCCUUCGAUGGGAGCGAUUCCAUGGAGAAGAAAUUGACGUUUGUGACAAUCUUACACGAUUGACAUUAGAUACAAUUGCUUUGUGUAGUUUCAAUUAUCGGUUCAAUAGCUUUUAUCAUAGUAAAAUGCAUCGAUUUGUCGAAGCAAUGAUCAAUGUACUUAUGGAAAGUGGCCGACGUUCUCAACGACUUUCUUUACAAAAUACUUUGAUGGUAACAACAACACGGUGGUAUUAUAAUGAAAUAGCUCAUCUUCAUAAUCUAUGCGAUGAAAUUGUGAAAGAAAGACGAGAAAAUCCCAACGAUGUUAAAGAUUUACUCAAUCGUAUGAUUCACGGCAAAGAUCCCGAUAGUGGUUAUCAAUUAUCUGAUGAAAAUAUUCGUUACCAAAUGUUGACAUUUUUAGUAGCUGGCCAUGAAACAACAUCCGGUCUACUUUCGUUCGCUUUGUACUAUUUACUGAAAAAUCCGCACACAUUACAAAAAGCACAAGCAGAAGUUGAUCAAUACGAUGAAAUAAAAAUCGACACGUUAAACAAAUUAAAGUAUAUCGAUGCUGUCUUAAAAGAAACACUUCGUUUGCAACCAACGGCACCAGGAUUUAUUCUACAAUCGAAAGAGGAUCGUGUUGUCUUACCUGGUGGAUAUGAAAUUCGAAAAGAUGAUUCCAUCAUCGUCCUUUUACAUAAAUUACAUCGUGAUCCAAAAAUUUGGGAUCAACCCGAAGAGUUCAUUCCUGAACGUAUGCUAAACGGUGGAUAUGAAAAUCUUCCAGCGAACGCCUGGAAACCAUUCGGCAAUGGUCAACGUGGUUGUAUCGGUCGACCUUUCGCGUGGCAAGAAAGUCUUCUAACAAUUGCGCUUAUUUUGAAACAUUUCAACCUUGAAUUUGUCGAUCCAUCGUAUAAUCUUCGCAUUAAACAAACGUUAACUAUUAAACCAGAAGGUUUCAAAAUACGGGUUCGAUCGCGACAACAAAUUGAUAUUUCGUUGAGAAAAGAUGUUAAACAAUUGGAAAACACGUUCGAAAAAGCUAAAUCGAACGACACGAGAAAUCUUCGACCAAUGGCCAUUCUUUUUGGAAGUAAUUCUGGCUCAUGUCAAUCAUUUGCAGAAACAUUAGCAUCCGAAGCGCCCUUAUAUGGUUAUAAUGCUACUGUAUCUACUCUUGAUUCUGCUGUGGGUUCUCUUCCUCUUGACCAACCUGUUAUCAUCAUUACAGCAUCGUAUGAAGGUAAACCAUGCGAAAAUGCAAAACAAUUCGUUGCUUAUCUAGAAUCAAAACCGAAACUAGAAGGUGUAAACUAUGGUAUAUUUGGUGCUGGCCAUCAUGACUGGGUAAAAACUUAUCAAAAAAUACCACUUUAUAUUGAUCAAUUAUUGGAAAAUGCCGGAGGUCAGCGAAUUAUUGAACUUGGUGAAGGUGAUGCUGGAGGAGAUUUCUAUGGUGCGUUUGAAAGUUGGAAAGAAAAUCUGUUUCAAAUGUUACGAAAAGGCACGGGUGAAGAAAACGUUAUUAGCGAAGAGAAACUUUCAAUUGAAGUUGUUAAUUCGAAAAGAAAUUUCGGGCAGAUAACAAUGGAUAUCGGUUUUGUUCUUGAAAACAAAAUUCUCGUUCAAGCAAAUGAGAUUGUACCGACAAUACGACAUUUGGAAAUUAAACUUCCGAAAGGACAAACUUAUCAUACUGGGGAUUAUCUUGCAAUAUUACCAUCCAAUCCAAUUGAAAUUGUUUAUCGUGUUCUCAAACGCUUUAAUUUAGCUACAGAUACGCAAAUCAGAAUUCUAUCCUCGACAAGUACUUUCUUUCCAACUAACAAUCCAAUCAGUGUUUUUGAUAUUCUCAGUGGUUAUGUAGAAUUAUCACAACCAAUUAGUAAAAAACAAGUCGAAAUUCUAGCAAUAUUAUGUAAAAAUGAAAAAGAACAAGAACAACUUCUUCGUUUGGGUGAAAAUUUAUAUGAAACCGAAGUUUUAAACAAACGUGCAAGUAUAUUGGAUGUACUUGAAUUAUAUCCAUCAUGUGAACUUUCAUUCGCACAAUACCUUCGCAUGCUACCAUCACUUCGUGUUCGACAAUACAGCAUCUCUUCAACGCCAUUGUGGAAUGCUGAAGUUGUUACUUUGACAAUUGAUAUACUGAACACUCCUGCAUUGAGUGGAGUAGGACAGCAUAUUGGUGUAGCAUCGAAUUAUUUAGGGAAUUUGAAAGAAGGUGAUCGAAUCAGUUGUGCCGUUCGAACGAGUAAUGCUCGAUUUCAUCCGCCAGAAGAUACGAAAAUACCCAUGGUGUUGAUUGCAGCUGGAACUGGCAUUGCACCAUUUCGCGGUUUUAUUCAGGAGCGAGCAGCACAAUUAGUAUGUGGCAGAAAAGUUGGACCAACAGUUCUUUAUUAUGGAUGUCGAUCGCAAGAUGAUAACUUAUAUUUUGAUGAACUCGAUCAAUGGUCAAAGCUUGGCGCUGUUAAACUACGAAUUGUUUUUUCUCGACAAGCGACCAGUGAGAAAAGAUAUGUACAGGAUUUAUUAUGGGAAGAUCGGGAUGAGAUUAAGAAUUUAUAUUGUAAUGGUGCACGUUUUUAUACAUGUGGAAGUGCAAGGAAAGUCGGCGCAUCCGUGAAAACGUGUUUUAUUAAGAUCAUUCAAGAUGUUAAACAAUGCGAUGAAGAGGAAGCAUCAAAGAUUUUAGAAGAAAUUUCUCAGGAUCGAUACAGUGUUGAUGUUUUCACAUGA